GAUUUACGGUUAGAAUAUGGUUAGGAUAGGUUAAUUCGGCAAUAAACGCAAUAAUUUAACUGUUUUUUUAUUUAUAAGUAAAAUUGUGAGUGAAAAUGUCUUUCUUAACGGAAUAUUUCGAUGAGUACCGCGCAAAACCUAUCAGAAAGACUAAAAUGUGUCGUCCAGAACUGCGAUGGGCGAAGUUAGAAGGGAAAUGGUUGGAUCCUAAAAAGGGCGGAACUGAAGAGAGAAUAUGGAGCGAUGAAGAAAUCGAAGCCUUCAUCAAGAAGACGAUGAAGAGUUUACGAGGACGGUCUACCUACUUCAAUGACUUCUGCGGACAUCUUGACCCGGAAAUCGCGACGCGCCCGUUGGUACCGCGCGUAAAGAAGCUGCCCCUCUGCUCCGAGCUAGAACAGGUGAAGGUGGAGGAAGCAGCCCCCCCGCCGCCGGCCGCGAAGCUCGCCCUCAAGGACACGGAGGUCAUGAAGAUGGCCAGGGAGCUGUACGAACAGGACAUGGACAAACCCACGCUGGAGCCCCUGAAGACGCAUUUGAGAAUAUACGGCUACGUCCGCCCCUGUCUCUGGAAGACUGGCAUCAGCGACUACCAGAACGGUGUAGCCCGACUAGCGUAUGAAAUGGUCCGCGACAACCGCCUGCCCCGCUACCACGCGCACAACGGUUGCCGGCCGCGCUGGGGGUUGCCGCCUGAAGGCGUGCGGCAACCAGAGCUCGAUGGAGCGCCUUUCGAUGGCGAACGAUUGUAUUAACGAUGAGAAAUCAAGAA